UCCCGUAGAAAAUAGCAAUAUUUUAUUCGGAGAAUCUGACUCAGAGGUAGUGCACUGCCAAUGCAAUUGCCUCCUAUUCGGGUACCUUGCGCCCCCUGUCCCAAUCGCGUCAAUUUGGUCUCAGCCCUGCCGCUGUCGGUAUUUUGAUAUAUAAGACCCUGGUCUCAGCUUCUUGAGCCUCAUGUAGGUUCUAUAUUGCCACCAUUCUUCAAGUCUUUACACCUUUACAUGUUCACUUCACUACUAUACUGCUAGUUGAUACUACUACUCCACACACACGUACGUCAUGUCAACAAACAUGAUCGCGGCGCGAGCGCCCAUGCUCGCAGCCCACGGGGCUAUGCUCCCCAAGAUGUCCAUGGCAGUAUCAAGACUCUGCCUCACGCCAAUCUACAACAUCAACGGGCGCAGCCCCCAGCAGUCCCGCCACCUGAGUCUCGCAGCAAGACCAGGCAGAACAACCCCGCACCACGCCGCCCGGCCAAGCCUGCAGCAACAACCCCUCUCAAAGAGGCAAUUCAGCACCACUACCCCGCCACAGCUCGAGGAGAAAUACUUCCCAGAGCCAAAACACCACCUCAUCCGCACUACGCGCCCAGCAUGGGAGCACCCAGGGUAAGCCCCCUCGACCCCCCAGCUCACGUGACGACUCAUAACCUCCUCCCCAGAUUCACAGAGGAGCAAAUGACGACCAAUAUCCGCUUCGAGCACCGCAACCCUGAAGACAUGUCGGACCGCUUCGCGCUCUUCCUCAUGCGCAUGCUGCGCAAAGGCACCGACAUCGCCACGGGCUACUCGCACAACGUAACCAGCGCCGCCACCGCCUCUGAUCCCACAGCCUUGGAAUCCACGAAGCCUUACAAGAUGUCUGAGCGCAAAUGGCUGAUCCGCUUCCUCUUCCUUGAGUCCGUGGCGGGUGUCCCCGGGAUGGUGGCGGGGAUGCUGAGACAUCUGAGCAGUUUGAGGAGGAUGCAGAGGGAUAACGGGUGGAUCGAGACGUUGCUAGAGGAGGCGUACAAUGAGCGCAUGCACCUCUUGACGUUCUUGAAGAUGGCGGAGCCGGGGUGGUUUAUGAGGUUGAUGUGUCUUGGUGCGCAGGGUGUUUUCUUCAACUCCAUGUUCGUGGCGUACCUUAUCAGUCCCCGCACCGCGCACAGGUUUGUUGGGUACCUCGAGGAAGAGGCAGUACUGACGUACUCGCUUGUGCUUGCCGACUUGGAGGCAGGGAAACUGCCGAAGUGGGAGGGCUUGCAGGCGCCUGAUAUUGCGAUCGAGUACUGGAAGAUGCCGGAGGGGAAGCGGACGGUGAAGGACCUCAUCUUGUAUGUGCGCGCCGACGAGGCGAAGCACAGGGAGGUGAACCACACGCUGGGAAAUCUGAAGCAGGAGGAGGAUCCGAAUCCAUUUGUGAGCACGUAUUUUGAUGCCGGGAAGCCGCAUCCGGGGAAGGGGAUUAAGAAUGGAGAAUACAAGGGGACGGGGUGGGAGAGGAAUGAGGUUAUUUGAGGGAGGUUUCUUCAUCAUUUGAUUUGAUUUUUUUAUGGGGUGUUAUUUGGGCGUUUCAGGAAGGCUGAGUGAUGGGUAAAUGGGAUAUUGUCCCCAAAUCUCCUCUCUAUAGGAGUUUACAUGGUUUCAUUUUCAACGGCGUUCGUUUCCAUCUUUACAAAAAGAAAGACUGUGUAUUCACAUUGCGCCGAAGACGGGUAUAGGGGCUAUAGAUAGACUAUAGAGGUUUGUGGACGCAAGCCAACUUCAUAAUUCCAACCUUUUAUACGGCUUCGUUAGUCUACCACUGACAAAGACUUUAGCUAACGGAG